AUCACCUGGGUGGAGACCAGGGCAGGUGUGAGGGCUCCGGGGGGGGGGGGUCUCUGGCCAGACAGACACACAUACACACAAAGGCCUUUUGAUGAAAAAAGAAAAUGAUGAGGCCAGGGCAAAUUCCUGGAGAAAUGUCUAGGGAACAGAGACUCCUGAGAAAGCUGGGUCCCCAGUUCCAGGAAGAAUCACUGCUCUUCCUGUGGGUUGGAUGGGGCUCCGGAAGUCUCCUCUAUAAGAAGGUGGGGCACUUCCCCUAUAAGUGGUGGGCACCCAGGCAAGCCUCUGCCCAGGGCUUCCACAGCCUCCCCGCCCCACUGCCCAGGCUGGUGGGGGAAUGCUCACUUCUGCCCUCAAAGGCUAAGGGUGGGAUUUUCCUUUGCAGUAAAUUGUGACAAACUAUGAAUUUAGAGGCUGCUCCUUGAACAAGCCUGGCUGCCUGCCACCUCCCCCUUUUCCUUCUGGCCCAAGUCUCUUUACCAUGUGGUAAACUUAGGGUGAGCCUGUGGGGGUCCACCCCCCAUGUGCACAUGUACAGAAAAACUCACAUUAAUUAUCAGUUUAACAUGAAUUUCCUCGUCUGUGGCUUGGGGACAUUAAGAGAACUGUUCCCUUAGCAUUAAAAGAGACAAAGGACUCUAAAGCCCCUAGCACUGGGUAGGGAUAUUCCCGAUGCAACUGCAGACAGCUCCACAGGCACGUACAAAGACAGAGCCUAGGGGUCCACCUACAGGAAGCCCUCCUGGCCCCAGCCCUGCACUGGAGGAGAGAAAGCUUGGGCCAGGCGGCACUUUGAUGUGGGGACUGCCAGCCCUUCCCUCUCCUUCCUCUGCCAGACUGGGACAGAAGGGCCUCACCCACAGUUCCAGUCCCUCUACCGCCCCUUCCUCAGGACACAAAGUCGUGCAUACCUCCAGGGCCUCUGCCUUGGGCCUCCCAGCCCUGUGCUCCUGCCCCCCAUAUCUCAGAGUUAGGGGGCAGUGGGGGGAGCCUGAGAGGGACCCACAGCUGAACACCUCCCCAAGUGACAAGCCUGGCCAACUUCGGGCCUUGUCAGGGAAUUUUGGCCAGCCCUGCCUGUUCCUGGGAGCCCCCAGCCGGCAGGGAGGAGGCAGGGACCACUGAGCCUCAGCCACUCAGCCAUGACAGGCCCCCGAUACGUGGUGUGUGUGCGAGUCUACGCCCUGGUGCAGACCAGGAGACUCCAGGUACUCCAUGGGGUCACUGGCAGCCCCAAAGGGGAAGGUGUAGUCCCUGGCCCCGCCCCUGCGAGGAUCCCCAACUUUUUUUCCCUCAGAAGUUCUCCGUGCGCUGGUAGGACAGGCGGUGACACUUUCGUGCUCAGGCGUCGCGAAGAGUUCAGAAAGCUCCACACCCUUCAAGAGGCCUUCCAGAUGGAGGCGGGCCUGCUGCGCAGAUCCAACCUCAUUCUCCCCGCGCUUCCUGGUCAGGCCGGGGCGGACGUGCCGCUGUUGGCGCGCGGGGGACGCACGGGCCGCGGGCUGGCUUGCCUCCGGCUCCUAGAGGCUUAUGUCCAGAUGCUGCUGAUGGCGGUAGAAAGCGUGUCCCGGCGCCUGGCGCUCAACAGCUUCUUCGCGCCGCAAAUCCUGGACCUGUAGCCCACGCUGCCACCCGGCAGCCUGGUGAUUCCGACCGCCCGGAAGGAGCCUCUGCCGGACCCUGUGGGCAGGCUUGACAUCCGCAGCCUGGAGGACCAGAGACUGCACUGCCUCUGCACCCAGGACACACGGGGCCAACCCUUCCAUGUGCAGGCCCGGGAGGCCCUGGAUGUGCUACUGCGACAACCCUCAGGCUGGUGCCUGGUGGAGAACAAGGACAAACAGAUGGCCUGGUUUCCCUCUCCCUACCUGGAGGAGGUGGCCCCAGGCCAGGUGCGGGAGGGGGACCCCCCAUACCCACAGGCAGGGCUGCAGUUCUGUGCUUCCCGCGCCUACAAGAGCGGCGGAGCUAAUGACUCUGUGCCCGCUGGGGCGCAAGUGCGCGUGCUGGAGAGGUCAGAUUGCGCCUGGUGCCUGAGCAAGUGCGCGGGCGUAGUUCAGGCGCGGCCAAGCCAGGCGGGGGCGGGGCCGAGCUCUAAUCUAACUCCGCCCCUCCUCGCAAGUGUGUCGGCCGCGCGGGCCUUCUGUCUGCGGUGCUGCUGCGGCCUGACGCGCUGGGCGCGCUUCUGGGCAGGGCUGCCGGCUGGAGACAGUGCGGGCCAGGCCCUGGAGCACUUCCCGGCCACAACCCCGCCCGGCCCCAGCCGACUGCCAUUCAGAGCUGCUGAGGCAUCAUCAUCACCCACAGGGCACUGGGUAAGGACCCAGACCCGCUUGAAGGUGUGCGGAACUGAGUAGGGAGGGUUGACACUGCACUCUGGCCGGGAAGGCGGAGCCCUAGACCAUGCUGGAAGGGCCCUGGCUCCAGAACUGCCUGGGAUAGGGUCCUACCUAGCUCAGAGAAUGCCCCUCUAGGUUUCCUUCAACUGGAGGCUCCGACCCUAGGGGCCUACUAAUGCAGCAGCACCAUCUGGUGCUGGAGAAGUGAGAUGAGACCAACCUCUUUUGUGGCCACAGCUUCCUGUUUCUUCUGAGUAAAGCUGUUCUGAAUAAA